AUGACUUACAAGCGAGAGGAGUUUUUCAAGUGCAUCGACAUGCUUGAAACUCCCAGUUUUAUCGCUUACAACGACCAAUACAAUUCAGUUUUGAGGCAAUUGAAGAAACUUUGUGUUGGUACUCAAGUUGCUUUUGUUUUCCAAUGCAACAUUACUUUGUUUUGUUUAGCUGUUUGGCCUAUUUGGGAAUCAGAUAAACCUUUACCACUGGAAUUUAAAUAUUUUAAUUCAGGCAUGUUCUAUUAUCCCUUUUACAUGUUUGAAGUUAUUGGGUUAUACAUUUGUGGCUACACUAAUUUUUGUUUGGAUUUGCUUUCUGUGGGUUUCAUAAUGAUUUCAGCUACUCAAUUGAGAAAGUUGAACAUGAAGUUGAUUGAUAUGAAGAAAAAUGUUCAAAGUUUACCCGAUUAUUCAAAAGAAAAUUCGGAAAAAUUUUAUUUGGAAUAUUUAAAAGAGUGCUGCAUCCAUUACAGCGACAUUGAAGAAUUUUCAAAAUGUUUACAAGAUUGUUUCAGCAUAAUUUCCUUCAUCCAAAUGGUCACUGGUUGUGUAUCGAUUUGCAAUACUUUAAUGCUACUCAGCUCACUAUCCCCAAUAUCCCCAGAAGCUAUAGCUCUAAUUUGCUACACAAUUUCUAUGCUGGCCGAAUUGGGAUUGUAUUGUUGGUUUGGUAAUUUCGUUUACCAUGAGAGUUUAGAAAUUGUAACUUCUUGCUACUUUUCCUCUUGGUACGAAUGUAGUCCAAGAGUGAGACGUUCUUUGUUUAUUCUAAUGGAAAGAACUAAAAGGCCCAUAGAAGUAAAAGGGCUCAGUUUAAUAACGUUGUCCCUGGACACAUUUAUUUCGAAGGAGAGAGUUGAACCUCCAGUGCGAAACGACUCAUUUUCUUUUGAAUCAAAUAAUAGUUCUGAUCAUGAAAUAUCAAAUAAUACUAACAAUGAAAUUCAGUCUGACAACAGUGACUCUUUGGAAAAUUCUUUUCAGAGCAUCGAAGAUGACCAAACAGUAGAGCCCACAUCCACAAGCAGCGGAUGCAACCAAAUGCCCAGUACAAGUGCAAGCAGAACUGAGCCUAUGCCAGCUGCAAAAGACAAGAGACCCCAAGAGGAGGAGGUAGCGUCACAAGUUGCUCCUGACCUGGGAAGACCAAAAAGGGCAGUCAUAAUGCCAAAAUAUCUCUCUAGUUAUGAAACUAACUUUCUUGUCCAAAUCAAAUAA